AUGGAGUCGGCCAGUAAAGUAAGAGAUAGCCGGAGUGGCGACCUUAUGGAUGAGGAGACUAAGGAAGCAGUCUCUGGUAAUUCAGGGGGUUAUUCAGGGCUUAGAGAUAGAAUGCAUGACUAUCAUGAGGAAGAUGAAAUGAGUGAGAAUGUUGAAUGCAAUGUUUUUGAAAUUAAUGUUGACUUAGGCCUAGAGAGUGAUAUGGGUGGUGUAAACCUCACUAGCAAUUCGGAACCAAGUUCUAGGGUGGAGUUUGAUGGUGUUGAACAUGUACAUGCAACUAAGGACUCAGAAUAUGAUAACUCUGACUCUUUGCAUAGUCAAGAUAACUCUGGUGAUCUAGGUGUUUGUUUUAGAAAAAGAUGGCCAGAAUUUAACAAUCGGACAGAUAUCGAUAAUCCCAAAUUAGCAAAAGGGAUGGUGUUCUCUAGUAGAGAGGCAUUGAAGGAAGCAGUGAGGCAGUAUGGAAGAAACAGUAGAUACAAUGUAAAGUUUGUAACGAAUGAUAAGAAUAGAGUUAAAGCUAUGUGUAGAGAAGGUUGCCCAUGGGUGGUUUGGGGAUCAAAAUUUAACCCCAGAGAUGACUUGGAUAAGACUUGGCAGAUUAAAACCUAUCAGGAUGUUAGGAGUGAUUUCAAUUUGCUAGUGUCAUUGAGUAAGUGUCACAGGGCCAAACUUAUAGCUUUAGAGUUGGUCCUAGGGAAUGCAAAAGAACAAUAUGCAAAAAUAUAUGACUACUUGGAAGAACUUAGGAAAACCAAUGUAGGAACCACCACAAUUUGUCACCUAGAUUGUAGAUUAUUCCUGAGGAUGUAUGUUUGCAUGCAAGCUUGCAAGAAUGGAUUCAAAUCUGGCUGUAGACCUAUCAUUAGUCUUGAUGCAUGCUUCUUGAAAGGAUAUUAUGGGGGACAUUUAAUGGUGGUUGUGGGUACUGAUGCCAAUGAGUGUUUAUAUCCACUUGCAUUUGCUGCUGUUGAGAGUGAGAAUCUUGAGUCUUGGUGCUGGUUCAUCCAAUCACUGAUACAAGAUUUUGAGAUUGUUAACUCCUAUAUAUCAUUGGGACUUGUGAAUGCCUUACUUGAGUUGGUGCCAAAUGCUGAGCAUAGAACUUGUGUAAGGUAUUUAUACACCAACUUCAAGUCUCAAUCUACUAACAAAAGGAAAGCAUUGAAGGAUUGCCUGUGGAAAGCUACCAGAGCAACUUACUUAAAAGAGUAUGAGGAUGCAAUGCUGGAAAUAAAGAAUUUAUCAGAGGUUGAUAAAAAGUGGUUAGGAAAGCCAGAGCAAAUGUUCCAAGGCAAUUUGCAAGUCAACUUUAAUGGUUUGUAA